CAGUAUUGAAGUGAUAACAGUGCUCGCGCAAGAUGAUUGCACAGUCCCACCUUCUCCUGCUUCUUCUGCCCUUGAUCGCGGCGAGAUCCAUGGAGGAGGGAUCAGACACGGACAUCGAGGGAAGAGUUAAGAAAUACAGCUAUUACUACAUCAGUCGCAAAUUGUACUACAUUCCCCUUUUCUUUGUUGUUUACUGGGCAUUUUAUGUCUUCUGGCUGAUAGUACAGUCCAUUGCGAGACACAAGGUCGAAAUACCACUUCACUGGGAUCCUCCAAAACGCCAGAAACGCACCAUUGAUGCCUUGAAAGUGUCUGUGAUGGAUCAAAUAGAAAGAUUCCGGCAAAAGUUCCUUUCUCAAGAAGCUAAUACAAGAUAA